AUGAGCACGCCGAACAAGCGGCGCAAGAAGAAUGAUCAUCAAUCGCCAGCUCAGCCUGUGAAAAGCUUGGACUUCUUCUUCGGCAAGCAACGGGAGAGGGAGAGGGAGAGGGAGAGGGAGAGGGAGGUUGCCAAGCCGAAUGGCACUACGAAUCAUGUGAAUAACGAGAAGAAGCAUGUGAAAGAGCCCGGAGAAGGAUUGACUGAUGAAGCACUGGCGCGGACACUUCAGGCUCAGUGGGAUGAAGAAGAGCGACGAGGCCAACAAAAUCGCGGCACUGCCAAUAAGCGAGAGGACGGAACCACCACAGUCGAGCCAGUGACUCUGAGAGAUGCCUCUCCGCCGCACGAUAUCACUUCGAAUGCUCUUGCGGCUCUCGGCAAGAAGAACACUCUCUCGUUGCAGUCGGCCACAGCCGAAGAAGACACUGUCUCGCACGAUAUCCCAUUCGACGAAUCGCCGCUCACUUUCGACCCGCAGACGUAUAUACCGGACCUCAAGAAGCAAUGGGCACCAGAGGCUGGCAAUUCUACCUAUGCGCUGCUCACGCAUUGCUUUGUGUUGGUCAACAGCACGCAAUCUCGCAUCAAGAUUGUCGACACUCUCGUCAAUCUACUACGCACGCUGAUUGAGGGAGAUCCAGAUUCGUUAUUGCCUGCAGUCUGGCUUGCGACAAACUCGAUCGCCCCGCCAUAUGUCGAUAUUGAGCUUGGGCUCGGUGGUUCAGCAAUCUCGAAAGCUUUGAAGAAAGUAUGCGGGCUAGACAAUUCAAGCCUCAAGACACUAUAUAACAAGCACGGCGAUGCGGGCGACGUCGCUUUCGAGGCCAAGAAGAAACAGUCCUUCACGCUACGGAAGCCGAAACCGCUGACCAUCAAAGGCGUGUACGACAGCUUGCGCAAAAUUGCAGAUGCCAAGGGGAACGGCAGUCAAGAAGUCAAGCAGAGGAUUGUCGAACGAUUGGUGCAAGAUGCAAGAGGUGCCGAAGAAAGCAGAUACAUCGUGCGGACACUGGUGCAGCAUCUGCGCAUUGGAGCAGUGAAGACGACGAUGCUUAUUGCAUUGUCAAGAGCUUUCCUCCUAUCGAAGCCGCCAAGUGCCGAUUAUGCGACCAAGGCUGCGGUAGACCUGCGGAAGCUCAGCAAGCAGGAGCUGGCAGAAGUCUGGUCGCCUGCAGAGGAGCUCGUCAAAGCUUGCUUUGCGAGAAGACCAAAUUACAACGACCUGGUACCGACAUUGCUCGAAGUAGGCAUCGACCAGGAGCUGCUCGUACGAUGCGGCUUGGCAAUGCACAUCCCUCUACGACCCAUGUUGGGAGGCAUAACUCGCGACCUGGGAGAGAUGUUAACCAGACUACAAGGGCGAGACUUCAGCUGCGAGUUCAAGUACGAUGGUCAACGGGCGCAAGUCCAUUGCGACGCCAAUGGGAAAGUCACCAUCUUCUCGCGGCAUCUGGAGGUGAUGACGGAAAAAUAUCCCGACUUGGUUGCGCUGGUGCCGAAGAUUCGUGGAGAGAGUGUGAGUAGUUUCAUCCUCGAAGGCGAAGUUGUGGCAGUCGAUCGGGAGACUGGCGAUCUCAAGCCGUUCCAGAUCUUAGCGAAUCGUGCACGCAAGGACGUAGUGAUCCAGAGUGUCACCGUAGACGUCUGUCUUUUCGCUUUCGAUCUCAUGUACCUGAACGGCGAAGAGCUUUUGGACCGACCAUUCCGAGAACGAAGAAGUCUACUUCGAAGCCUAUUUGUGGAGAUCCCCAACCAUUUUACCUGGGUCAAAAGCAUGGAUGCGACUUCCGAAGAUGGCGAGGCCGUGAGCGAUUUCUUCAAGCAGGCGAUUGACAUCAAAUGUGAGGGCAUCAUGGUGAAGGUGCUUGACAACCUGCCGAACCCUGAUCUUCAAACUGAGAUGCAUGUUGAUGUUCCGGCGAAACCAGAAUCUGCGCCGGUGAAGGGCAAGAAGGACAAGAAGUCUAAGAAGUCCAUCAGCACCUCAAAAGAUACGAUUGGUGACGAUGCGGCUGAAGAGAAGAAAGGAGGGCGGAGAAAGGCACUGCUCUCGACGUAUGAACCCGACAAGAGGCUGGAUUCUUGGCUCAAAGUGAAGAAGGACUACAAUACUCAGACCGACACCAUAGACUUAAUACCAGUCGGAGCUUGGCACGGUCAAGGCCGAAAGAACGCCUGGUGGUCGCCAAUCCUCCUCGCAUGCAGAAAUCCCGAGAACGGCACGCUCGAAGUAGUAACCAAAUGCAUCAGCGGCUUUACAGAUGCUUUCUACAAAGCGAAUCGAGCGAGAUACGAUCCCGACUUCGAAGACGAGGACGGUGUCCUAGUCGGAAAGAACACUCUCUCGGAGCGACCCAGCUAUGUCGAAUAUGCCGGCACACCAGACGUCUGGUUCGAGCCGCAGGAGGUGUGGGAGAUGAUCUUUGCGGACAUCACGCUUUCGCCGACGUAUACUGCUGCUCUCGGACUUGUUAAUGAGGAAAGAGGACUUUCAAUGCGAUUCCCACGGUUCUUGAAAGUUCGUGGUGAUAAGUCGAUUGAUGAAGCUAGCACGAAUGAGUUCUUGGCUGCGUUGUAUCGUAAGCAGAUUUCGAAGGCGCCGCCGAAGAAGGCAGAGGAGGUAGAGGCUGAAGAGGAGUUGUAUGAUGAUGGCUGAAAUUACUAUGUACCGCUUGUCAUACAUCGAAUGUAAGGCUACUCGCUCGG